GGGGGGGUAGAAGUGGAAAACCCCAAUGGAGCGCACAGAGUCCUGCCUCAUCCCCUCAGCAAGGAUGCGAGGAUGCAUAAGUUCUUAUUGGAAAACGUCCCAAAGGCGGUGCAGAUUGACAGAUUCCUCCGCUGCUGCUGCGGCUGAUGCACUCUGACCAAGAUGUGGGCUCUUUGGUUUCCUCUACUGUCUGCUUUCAAGCUGUACCUGCUUGGCUUUAAGGUUCUUCUGGCUCAGCUGUUAAACACACCUUUAAAACUACCAGUGAUGCCCAGACAAGAUGGCAAGGUUGCCAUAGUGACAGGAGGUGGCAGGGGAAUCGGCUAUGAGGUUGUCCGGCACCUGGCCAGACUGGGAGCACAUGUUAUUAUAGGUGGAAGGGAUGAGCAGGAGGGUCUUGCUGCCAUCAAAAGGAUUUGUGAAGAGUACAAGGAGGCCAAAGUGGAGUUUGGAAAAUUGGACCUGGCUUCAUUGCAAUCGAUCCGUCAAUUUGCUGAAAGCUUCAAGAAGAGGAAGCUGCCACUGAAUAUUUUGGUAAACAAUGCUGGAUUGAUGCUGGUUCCCGAGGGCCGAACUGAGGAUGGGUUCGAGCAGCACUUUGGUGUGAACUACUUGGGUCACUUCCUGUUGACCUGGCUCCUCCUGGAUAAACUGAAGGAUUCUGGGAAGGCUGGGCACGUCUCUUGUGUGGUCAAUGUGUCGUCAUCGGCUCAUUCUAUCGGGGAAAUCAGACUGAAUGACUUAAACAGCUGCCAACAUUAUUCAGCUCAUGCUGCUUACUGUCAGAGCAAACUUGCCCAGGUUUUGUUCAGUUCCCACCUCCACCAGGCCAUGCAGAGAGAAGCUUCUCCAGUGGUUUCAUACGCCGUGGAUCCAGGGAUGGUGGAUACUGCUUUAUAUCAACAACUCUACACGCCUUUACGUGUGGCACAAAGUCUAAUCGCACGGCUCCUUUUCAGGACUCCUGCAGAGGGCGCUGCCACUGUCCUGUCCGCUGCUUUGUCACCAUCCCUGAAUGGGGAUGCGGAAGGAGGCUACUGGGCCAACGGGCGAAGGGAGAUGACAACCCCGCCAACAUUUGACCCCCAGCUGCAGCUGAGUUUAUGGGAAAUCAGCCUCCAGCUGCUGGGAUUACAAUAACAUGGGACACUAAAAUGACCAACAGGACUAAACCUAUUUUAAAGCAUCACAUAAAGACCUUAAAAACGGGCCUACAUUCUUUCUUAACCUUUUUUAUUUUUUUCCGAAUCUCAUGUGAAGGUGGUGGCUGCCUGGAUUGGACUGUGGUUGGUUGUUUGAAGUUUGGCAGGCUGUUGAUCCAGACCUGCUCAUGAAGGGCUAAAGUUAAUGGAAGAUGUCUUUAUGUCAUGUUGUUUUAUUUCUAUUUAAGCAAUCAAUAUAUGCAGACAUGUAGUGGAAUUUAAGCAGCUGACCUGUGCUGCUUAAACCAGACUUAGACUUCGCCAUCUGGCAUAAUUUGAAGGAACAAAACUUAGUGUCAUUAAAUGACCCGUUGCUCAAUCCAACGCUUAAGUCUAGGAUUCAUAUUUUCUGAUGAGGUUUAAACGAAAUUGUGCAUAUAAGUAAACUAAUGUUUGAAGUUAGAGAUUUACAGAUAAACAGACAUGAUAUUUAUUUGACCAAAUGUGUUUUAUUGUGGAUGGAAAAGCAUUUUGUGCUGAUUUUAGAUGUGGUUACUUUAAUGCCACCGUUUUUCACUCAAAGCACUUUGUUUCUCUCAAUCUCGAACCUUUGCUGCAUAAUAGGAUACAUUUCUAUAUUCCUUAAUUCACUUUAGGUCAAAGACAUUUCUAAGCACUCAAAGGAUCUAGAAGGAAAUUUGAAAGAUCCCAAAAAAAUUCAAACAAUCUUUCUCCUGUCUGACUGAUUAAAAACGUGGAAGAGAAAUUAUUGUAAAUCCUGAAUUUUUAAAUGUUUAUUUUUCUCCAUCUUUUCAGAAACAUGAAGGAAAGAAUCUCAGAACCAACGUUUUUAAAUCAGUCGCCAGUUUCCUUUGGGUCCGUCUUAUUUGCUCUUGCACUGAGGUCAUGUGCGUAUGUUACGCACAGACGUCUGGGAUUAGUUCUUCUGGAACCAACACUUGCUGAUGGACAGCUAAACAAUAUUCUGAGCUGGAGGAAGGGGAAAAAGAGACACCUUUUCUGUUUUUGUUUUGCACAAACUGUGAUCAGUUACCCAUAGCUGCAGCUAAUGCUGCUUCCUCAUUUGGCGCCACUCCCAGUGCAUUAUGGGAUUGAAAAAUCCCUGUGGUGAAAAUCAAAAUAUCUGGUGAGCUGACACAGAUGCUCACUAGAAAACACUGGAAGCAGCACAUCCAGGCUCACGCAGCAAACAAACACAGCUGUCUCUCAUGCAGGAAUAUACCCUCCCACAAGUUUCGCCAUAAAGCCAUCUCCACUGUGAAUAAUGCAGAAAGAUCAAACGUUUAUCUCAAAUUUACGUGUCUUGACUAAAUUCUUUGCCAUUAAGCAUCAAGCCUUUUAUCUUAAUUUGCUGUGUAAAAAGCAAUAUUAUCACUGUGGCGGCUAAUUUAGCUACUGGCUCAGACAUUCAAAAUAGAAGCAGAGUGGGAACGUGAAUGAAAAAAAGAAGAUGCCUCAAGUUCCCUCUAUAUCAGGAAUUUGUUCAUCUAUGUCUAGAAAAGUGUUUAAUGAAAAUCUUUUAAGUAUUAUUUAUUUAUAUAGAGUAGUUGAUCACCUUUUCCUUAAGCAGGGAAUAGAUCCUUUUAGGGAUGCAGCUCAUAAAAUCCCCAGAUAACUGUGAGUACACACUGAAUCUGUUACCCGUCCAUAAAUGAGAACAUAGAUAAUGGUGUCUUCUGUCAUUUUCUUGUUUAUCAGGACAGCUAAAGGUAGGUAGGGGAAUUCCUUUUACUGGCCUGAUGUUUUUGUAAAACUUAUCAAAUUUUUUUUUUUUUUUUUUACAGAUGGUGAGAAAAAGGUGGAUUUAAUUUUAGAUCCAUAAGGAAAUUUAAACACUGAAGAACAGGGUUCAUAUGAAGUAAUUGGUCUGUAAAGCUUGUCUAGUAAUUUUAAUAUUGGCCAGUGUGCAUCCAGUCACUUUUUUAGAAAUGAUAGUUGGAUAACUCCUGAUGUAUUUCCCACAAGAGGUCAAAGAGAAAUUAAGUUACCAGCAUUUUCUCCUGCUUAAUUAAAAAGAAAAAGCACCUUGCCCCCUCAGCCUUCCUAGUCAGUUGCUGCACAUUGCUGGUCAGAUGGCUGAAAGACUGCAACUUUUACCUUGCUUUGUAUGGGAAUAUUUCUGACCGUUGGAAAAACACAAUUAUGUGUGUUUUAUCUUCCUUGGUGCAGACUGAGCACAUGCACAGUGUUGUGUGAAAUUAUAAAAUUUUACGAUUGGAUUAAAUCAAUACAUUUUACACCAAUCUGUAGUUUACUGUUCACAUCCAGUUUGAAUGCUUUGCAAAGCUGGAGAUAAAUUUAUGCAGGUUAGUGUUAGACAUGUAGAAAGGUAAUCCUCAACUUCUUGGAUAAUUGAAGAAAAUAUUUAUUUCUUUACAUUUUUGAAAAGUUUUGACAGAAUCAAAGAUCAUUGUUUAGCUAUUGUAGAGCAAUUUAAUUUUACAUGUAAAAGAGUUAGUACUUUUGCAUUUUCUUCAAGUCCAAAAUGAUAGAUAAAUACUAUGAUUCUGAUAUGAUACAAAUGCACCAGAAGUCCAGUGAACGGGUUUCCCCCACCUCAACGAAUGCGUCAAGUUGUGUAAUCUCUGGAAGACGUUAAUAAUUCAAAUUUUAAAGCAAACAAGUCCGUAGAUAUAUGUCUCCUAGAUUAGUACCUGUGUAAGAACCGACUCCUCAAUGCCAGCAAUAUUUCUCAGUGUUUGGCUACGUUCUGUUUUCUGCCUUCUCAGUGUUGUCACAAUACUCCGAAACUCUUCGCCUCAAUGCUUCCUUGUUUGAUUGUGUGACUCCCUUAGGCUACUGGAGUAAAUAACAAACUAACAGACAUAUUCCCACAGAAACAAAUGUGCUUGCUUCCUGUGACACAAAUGGAAAAAAAAAAUACAAAAAACACACCAGCUUAUAACUCGGCCGCGCUCUUCGAUAGAGUGCAAGGCUACAAAUGUGUGCUACAUCCUGUCAAAGAGCUAUCUAGUUUUUCUCAGUCCAGCUGCUGAAGUAGGUGCACUUCAAUGUGUGUGGGGGGGGGACCAAGAGAGGUUCAGACUCUUUCAUUUGAGCACAAGGUUAUCCAAAGACUGAGCUUUCAAAUAAGGAAUGAACAAGCAAGUGAACUCUCUGAACUUGAACUGCAAAUUUAGAAAAAGGAGCCAAAACAGCUCCAGUAAUUAUUUGUCAGUGAUAUUGUCUGUGAUUAACUUGUAUCUGUUUAUCUAAAGCACUGGAGGAGACCAGUGGAGGUAUGUGUGUACUGAAAAUGCUUUAAUAGCCAUUCCUUUGACUGACCUGGGAUUACAUUUAUAUUAAAUGUUUUAGUCCCAUGUUUUGCAAACUCCUAAAUGUGUGUAUGUUUAUGAAGAGCUGAAUUCAAAAGGAAAACCAGAUGAGCUGAGAUCUUACUUUCUGACAAGUACAGAUACCUGGUGCUUGUUUUAAGUGCAGGUUUGCAUGUUUAAGAAUGAAAACUAAACAUUUUGACAGAAUCAUGGUAAAAACUCAGUUCAUCUCGGUGCUUCGGGGUUUAUCAAACGUGUUUUACAUUUGACAUAAUUUUGCCGUCGUUAAGAUGCUCAUCUUAUUGCUUUUGCUGUGCCUAAGAAGAAGAAAAAAAACCUCCCUCAUAUGUGACUGUGAAUUUUUCUCAUGUAGAUUUGAACUUGUAGAAACUGUGAUACCGUCUCGUCCCGUGCAUUGCUGUAAGUUUUUUCUCUCAGAGCAGCGAUCGGAUGGAGAGUGUUUGGUCUGUGAGUUUAUGAGUGAGUGAAUGUUUAGGUAAGGAGAUCGAUGUCCAUGUUUCCCAUCAACGGUUGUAACAUUCCAGCAGCAGCCUCGCCUAUUUUUUCUAUUAUCCAAAGCCUCUCAAUAAACAUAUCAUUGUGCCACUU